AUGAAGCUCUCUUUCGGAACACUUGCUGCCUUGCUAGGCGCCUCGGUUGUUGUUGCAGCACCCGCUGAGAAGUCCGCCGAAAGCCUUAUCCAGGAACUCAACACUAAGGCCUUGUCCGCACUCAAGAAUGCCGAGACGAAGCUGUCUGAGCGAGCCACUGCUAAGAAGUGCACAACUGCUAACUCGGUAGUGCGCCGCGACUGGAAGAAUCUUUCCAAGACAGAGAGAAAGGCUUAUGUCGACGCUGUGCUUUGCCUCCGCGAGAAGCCCUCCAAGUCUGAUCCCUCUUUCGCUCCUGGCGCCCGCACCCGCUAUGAUGAUUUUGUUGCGGUCCACAUCAACCAGACUCAGAGCAUUCACGCAACAGGUAACUUCUUCACCUGGCAUCGUCACUUCGUCGGGGCCUACGAGAAGGCUCUCCAAGACGAGUGUGAAUACAAUGGCACACAGCCGUACUGGAACUGGUUCGAGACGGGCGAUAUUUACAAGAAUCCCCUCUUCGACGGCUCCGAGACUAGCAUGGGUGGUGAUGGCGAGUACGUGAAGCACAACGGAUCUGUUUCUGGCAACCCUGCUGGAAAGAUCAUUAUGCCCAGCGGCAAGGGUGGUGGCUGUAUCAAGUCCGGUCCCUUUGCUAAUGCUACCGCCAAUCUCGGCCCGCCCAGCCCUGGUAUGGACGGUAUGCCCUCGUUCAAGGAGCCUCUCGGAUACAACCCUCGCUGCCUCCGUCGCGAUAUCAGCCAAUACCCCAUCGACCAAUGGAUGACCCUUCCCAACCUGUACAACGUCACUGUUGGCGAGGCCUCGCAAAGCCUCGAGCUCAUGCAGGUUGAGUUCCAGGGACGAUUUGCCGAUAAGUUCCUAGGUAUUCAUGCUGCUGGUCACUUCGUCAUGGGCGGUGACUCCUCCGACUUUUACUCUUCGCCGAACGAGCCCAUCUUUUUCCUGCACCACGCCAUGGUCGACCGUAUCUACUGGAUAUGGCAAGCUCUGCACCCCAAGCAGGCGCGGGAUAUUGCUGGUACUAUCACUAUGGAGAACAGGCCCCCUAGCAGAGAUGCUCUUAAGUCUGAUAUCCUUGAUGUUGGUGUCAAUGCUAAUCCCAUCACGAUUGAGGAUGCGCUUGACACUCUUGACGGCUCGCCGUUCUGUUACAUUUACGAAUAG